AUGAAUACUAAUUGUCUAGACGUGGAGCAAGGUUUGCUGGAGGUGACGCAGAGCAUCCCGCUGAUACCUCUGCCCUCGAGGAACUCCAACCAUUUCCCGGGACCUGAUGACCCUGAAAGGGAAUCCCUGCUCGAACUAACCGCGCCGGUGUACGGACAGAUGCCACCGCUCCGAACUCCGGACAGUGAACCGACCAGCCCAACUGAGUCAACAUUCAAUGAUACUGUGCGGAAGAGUCAUCUUCCUCGAUAUCAGUUAGGAUGGACGGAACUACACCACGCCAGCGCCAAGAAUCUCGGGUUUCGCAUUCGAGUGCUUCUAAAUGCAGGCCUCGAUCCUAACAUUUGCGAUGACAGAGGCAGGACUGCGCUUGAUGUAGCAGGCUUCGCUCAUUACCGACGGAAAAAAAUAGUUGACUUAGCAGACGUAAUAAGGAUGCUACUAGAAGCAGGCGGCACAUUCAACACAAUGAAGGGAGAGAUAGACAACAUCGACACUCCUCUACACACGUCGGUCGAAAUAAGAUGUCUCCCGUCCAUUCGGUUGUUGCUGGAUGCCGGCGCGUCUGUCAAAUGCCUGAACAGCUCUGGGUAUACGCCGCUACAUCUUUGUGUGAAGCAUAAAAUGGACGAAGCUUUUAAGGUUCUCCUAAGCCACAGAAUCGACGACCUGGAGUCCUUAGCAGAGCGAGCGAACACAAGAGACCACGACGGAGCCACGCUGCUCCAAGCAGCCGUGAUGUCGAGCUGGGUCCCUGGUGUCUGCGAUAUCCUGGACGCUGGAGCCGAUGUCAUGGCUACGUCAAAUCAGCCCUUCCACCGCUUCAAGAAUGUAACGCUGGAUGACGAUCAGAAUCUCAUUUAUCGACUGGAUCAGAUCCACGAAACACCGUUGCAUUUGGCAGCCGAUCACGGCGACAAGGAAAUACUCGAAAUACUCUUAGGCACCAAUGAUGUCAACGUUGAUCUAUUCAAUAAAAUAGAUCAGACGCCACUUUACAUAGCUAUUCGAAGCGGACACCUUGGCUGUGUUAAAACGCUAAUCCGAAAAGGUGCCAAUCUUUACACAGUGACAGGAGAAAAAAGUACCGCUUUGCACGCAGCCGUACAAUUUGGCGACAAGAAAAUUGUAGAUUACAUACUCAGUUACGACGACGAUGCUACACGUACGAUGAUAAAUUCAUUCGACAAUCGCGGCUACGCUCCGGUGCACAUUGCUGCAAUGAAUAAUCGUCUUGAAUGCAUUAAGAUGUUGUACUACAAGAAAGCAAAUUUAAGACUCAAAACUAAAGGCGAGUUCAUAGCAGAUUGGACGCCUUUACAAAUAGCCGCUUCUAAAAAUUGUCCAGAUGUAGUUGGAGCUUUAAUGGACAUCGAUCCAGAAGCCAUUGACGACAUUGAUCACAAAGGGCGUUCUGCUUUGAACUUAGCCGCUGACCGAUGCCAUCGAGAAGUAGUUUCAACAAUAUUACGCAAGGGUGCUGUUUUAUCCAACCCUUCUGAAUACCGAAAUAAAAGAAAAAAGACUGUUAUAGAAACUAUAGCAACGAAGCUUCCCAAUGCGACACAAUUUUUUGAAGAAGUAUUUGAUGAAUUUAUCGAAUCUAAAUUACCAGAAUUAGGUGAAGCUGGCUGUGAGAUUAGUAUAGAUUACGGGGUCCUGUUAAAAGAUCAUGAGACCAGUCAAAUUAAAGUAUUAGAGGAACUAGUCAGAUGUAAUCAGAAAAAUAUCCUCAAGCAUCCAUUGAUUGAGAGUCUCAUUUAUUUAAAAUGGAUCACUUUGGUGCCGUUCUUUUACGUGAUUGUAGCAAUUUACACCAUAUUUGUUUUAACACUAAACUUUGUCUUAAUAGUUAAUUUCUGUGAUAAAGAAAAGAAUAACUAUAUGAGUAGCAAUCUGCUCUAUGCUCCGACACUUUUGGUCAUCAUUCAGGAACUCCUAUUCAUAUACGUUAAAAGGCUACAUUAUCUCACUUGCUUGGAGAAUUGGGUAAAAUUUGGCUCAAUAGUCCUGACACUUGUACUGCUCUUUACUGAGGAAGAUCAGUGGCUCGAGCACGAAUCUCUAAGACACGUGGCUACUGGAGCUCUGCUUCUGACGUGGGCUUAUAUGAUGUACCUGCUCUCUAGGUUCCCAUACUGGGGAUAUUAUCUACAGAUGUUCAGUAAAGUUGCUACUAACUUCUUUAAGAUAUUGCUGACAUGCGCCUUCCUACUCAUUGCUUUUGCACUAAGUUUCAUGGUUCAAUAUCACGCGUACCCCCCUUUUGAUGGGCCAUGGGCGGCUUUUGUGAAGACAGUCGCCAUGAUGACGUCAGAGUUUGACUACAGUGCAUUAUUUAAGGAACCCAACGUAACCCAAGCUAGACCAUUAAGGCGUAUUAGGGCAAAUGUGUCAGCGCUUGUCAAUGGAACAAAUCUUGUGAAUUCUACAAACCAUGCCAAUGCGUCAAACCUUGCUAACUCGUCGCAUCAGUAUUUCCGAAACUUCCAUACCGAACAGUUUUCAUACACAAAGACAAUAGACCAUAUGUUAUUUGUACUGUUCUUGAUUUUGGUAUCAAUGGUAUUUGUGAACUUCUUAAUAGGUGUGGCAGUAAGUGACGUGGCAGAUCUGAAAAUGGUCGGGGAUGUUAGAAGAUUAAAGAAACAAGUGAAUUUCUUAAGCCAUCUAGAUGCCUUCGUAUUUGGAGGCGUAUUUAAAAGUUUGGUUCAUAAGAAAUUUCACUGUAGAAGAUUUAUAAGAAAAAUCUAUAUAAGACCUUGUAUUAUAAAGCAUUGGGAGGUAUGUUAUGAAGUCCUUGCAGAUGCCGAUGAACCGCAUUAUUUUGCCAAAGAACAAUCUCUACCACCUCAUAUUUUAGACUCUAUAUUGCAUAAAGUAAAGACAAAAUACCAGCAAAAAGAACGAGAAGCCAGUAAGAAAAUGUACAGAGAUCAAAUGGACAUGCUUUUCAAGACUAUAGUAACUGAUGAUAGGUAUUCCUUAACUGAAUUAAUAGAGAAUUCAAAAGUCGAAAAGGGGAUGGAGAUACGGACAAAGUUUGGAGACAUAAUGAGUCGUUUGGAAGAAUUGGCUACUGCAAUUAAUGAUGUCAAGGACCAAGUGAAGGAUAUAGGAAAGAAUCAACACAGCGUUUCUGAUAAAAAUACUCAGACGGAAAAUUCCGGUGAUAAUAAGAGAUUUGUGCUCAAAUUAAAGAAUAAGAGUGUUAGCUAAGCAAUUUUGC